AGCACAUCAUCAGCAACCGCGCGCCUUCAAGCGCAGUCAAAUGGCGCCUCUCCAGAGAAUCACAGCGACCAGUUCGACCAGCUGAUGUUAAUUAGGGCAGAAAACACUUCUCUUAUAUAUAAGUCUCUUUCUGUGUUAUGAUUCUGUGCGAUGUGUUUUUUUUAUUUAUUUAUAUGUGACAAAUGUGGACGUAUAGGAAGACAUUGUGCUUAGUUGUGCAUGGAGCUGAUGAUAUUCUUAUAACAGAUCGACAGCUAAAAGAUUCAUUCUAAGUGUCCCAGAUCCGUGUGCCAUGAGCAGUUCUCGCUACGAACCCAGCUGGGACGUGGACCUGGCGCCCCUUCUGUCCUGUAAACUGUGCCUGGGAGAGUUUCCCCUGGAACAGAUGACCACCAUCUCCCAGUGCCAGUGCAUAUUUUGCAGUCUGUGUUUGAAGCAAUAUGUUGAACUCCUCAUUAAGGAAGGCCUUGAACCGGCUAUUAGCUGUCCAGACUCUGCCUGCCCAAAACAGGGACAUUUGCUGGAAAACGAGAUUGAGUUUAUGGUGGCUAAGGAGGUCAUGCAGCGUUAUAAGAGACUCCAGUUUGAGCGAGAGGUGCUUCUGGAUCCUUGUCGGACAUGGUGCCCAUCAUCCUCGUGCCAAGCAGUGUGCCAGCUGAAUGAAUCAGAGGUGCAGUUGCCGCAGCCGGUGCAGUGCCCUCAGUGCAGUCUGCGUUUCUGCUCCGCCUGCAGGGCAGACUGCCCCACCGGCCACACGUGUCAGGAGAGCGUGCCAAUUACCACCUUCCUGCCUGGGGAAAACGGCUCCAACCUCAAGAGUGAGGAGGACGAGGCUCCGAUCAAACGCUGUCCUAAAUGUAAAGUGUACAUUGAGAGAGAUGAAGGCUGUGCCCAGAUGAUGUGUAAGAACUGCAAGCACGCCUUCUGCUGGUACUGCUUGGAGUCAUUAGAUGAUGACUUCUUACUGAUCCACUAUGAUAAAGGACCAUGCCGGAACAAACUGGGUCAUUCCAGAGCCUCCGUCAUCUGGCAUCGGACACAGGUUGUUGGGAUUUUUGCUGGCUUCGGUCUGCUGUUGCUAGUGGCCUCCCCUUUCCUUUUGCUGGCCACUCCUUUCGUGCUUUGCUGCAAGUGUAAGUGUAAACGUGGCGAUGACGACCCUCUUCCCACCUAGAGCUCCGUUUCAGCUUCAGGAGGUGACUUUCCACUCAUUUGACUGAGGAUCGGCUGUGAUCCUGUCUUGUUCUCCUGAGCACACUUUGCAGUCGCAUUGGUAAAAGACUUAUCUGUCCAUGAGAUGGCACUUUUGAAUAUGUUGACUUGCAUUGAAAAGUUUUAUAGAGGAGCAGAGAUGCUGAUUGGAUGAGCCAUUAGCAGAUCUGUAGUGUUUGGAAGCAAACACUUUUGUUUUGUCUUUUGUUACAUUGUCUUGUAUCUUUUCUCAGCAUCACUUUUUCUUCACUUUAUGUGGUAUUAAGGUUAACUAAGCUAUUUUUUAUGUUGUUUAUCCUGAGAUAUAACACACACUUGACAGGAAUACAUUUCUUAGCAGUGCUUUCAUAAUUUUCUUGUAGCAUAGUCACAUAACCUCUAAUUACGUAUGCAUGCUGGAGGCCGAGGAUUUUUCACUUCUGUUCCUCCAGCAGAGGAUCUAAUCAGUCUGCCACUUGCUUCUAUAUGCUUCCUAUAAGCUCUUUCUUAGGACAGUAAAACAUGGUUCUUCCAUUUGAAUCUACUCCGAUACUGUAUACACACCAUAGAACAAACAGAC